GCACCUCUGCCUACCCCUUCAGGGUAAAAAGGCGUAAUGUUAUGUAUAUAUAUGUCGUGUAUUGAAUAGAUGACAAUGACACAACACAAGGCACACAUUGCGGUGCCCGACAGAGCUUUCAUUGAAUAUUUCGGAAACUGAAAAAUAUUUAUUGGCAAUGUGUUAGUGCACUGUUGGCGCUGUGGCUGUUGGACAACUGGCUACUACGUGUCGCGGGUUCGAUUCCCGCACGAAACACUCUCUGUGUGAUUUACUAAUUGUUGUUUUAACUGUAGGUAUGAUGAGUAUUUAUAUGUAUGAAUUUGUAUGUUUCCAAACGCAUCCACAACAGAGGAGAAAACACAAAUUGGGGAUUGUCACUUAAAUUAGCAAGCACCAGUUGAUUAUCACGGCAUAACAAUAAAUUGUAGGUACCAAUGUUCAAGUUGUCAACCUGUUAGAAAAAUAGUGUACCGUACAAAAAUAUGACUAAUAAGCUGCACAGUGUUUAACAGAACAUGGUGACUUGAGUGGCACGAACAGCCCCGUCGUUGUUCAAUACUUAUGUAAUAGACGUAAUUUUAAAGACGAAGUAUAUCCUAAUAUCCCAAUAAUUUGGCGGCAUAGUUGGCGCAAUGAUUAGGCGACCGAUUGCUGCAGAACGUGUCGCGGGCAUGGGUUUAAUUCUCGCAGGAAACAUUCUUUUAGUGAUCUACGAAUUGUUGUUUCGUGUGUGGGAAUGAUGUGAAUUAAUCAUAUGUUUGUAAACGUAGUUUUAUAGAAAAAAAAAAUUCAGAACGAAAUUUCACCUGUCUGUCACUGAUAUCGAGUGACAAAUGACAGAUGACGGAAACCAGACGACAGGAAUUGACAGGAUGCGAUGAUGCGAUAGAUGAAUCUAAUAUAAACAUUUAAAUAAUGUAAAAUAAUGUAGGCGUAUAUUUGUUGAUGUGUCUAAGUUAGCUUAAGUGAUUUGAUCAAAGAAGAAAUAACUACUGCUACAAUACGUUUGUGUUAGUGUUUCAUCAUGACUGGAGAGACGGUUCAAAAUAUCACCAAAACAUUCAAAUAUUCAUUCCCGACAUGUACGAACGAAGAAAUCCACUUCAACCUGGAGGUGCCAGUGGACAUUCCUCACGCCGGCUCCACCAGGGAGCUGGUGCAACGAGUUAUCAACAUGUUUCAUGUGCCUGUGUAUUUAGAAGAAGAACUGAAUGAGAAAUUAGCACAGUUUGUAGCAGAAGAAACCAAAAACUUCCACAAUGAGAGAGACAGGAAACUGCUGAACCAACUUAAGAACAGUGAAAUCAAUGUAGAAGGCAUAAUCAAGAACUGGGAGAAGUUGUUUAAAGACAAUGUGAUGGAGUUUGCAGAACAGAAGGGCACGUCCGAUGAAGAGGUGUUUGCAGCGGCAUACCACAAGCUGGUACACUCACCUGCCCUGGAAACUAUCCUGCAAGUUGAGAACUCAUAUGCCAAAACUGUGAUGAACACACUCAAGAGCAGGGAUGAAGAUAUUGAGAAACUCACUCAAAAGCAGACUGAAGAAAUGGAGGAGAAAGUCCGUAUGCUAAACAUCUCUAGCACAGAGGAAGAGAUCAAUGAGCUAGCAGCACAGCAGUUUGAGCAGCAAGCUCUGGUGGCCGGGCGCUGGGGCUCCCAGCUGGACGCGCUGCGCCAGACACAGCGCGCGCAGCACCGCGCCUGGCUCAUGGACACGCUGCAGGAGUACCAGAGCACCUCGGCACUCAACACACCAAGUAACUCUCCACUGGCGACAUUCUCCCCGGAGAGCGUGUCUCUACCGGCGCCAGUGGCGGCUGGCGGCGCGCGACUAGAGGAGAGCUUCACCAUCCACCUCGGCAGCCAGCUCAAGCAGACACAUAACAUACGCAUCGUCGCCAUGGACCUGCUCGACCUCUGCGCCGUCGAACAAGUUGACAAUCCGGCGGAGUCGUCCCGUCGCCUGCAGACGGCGCUGUCGCUGUACUCGGGCGAGCUGGCGGGCUGCGUGGUGCUGGGCGAGGCGCCGCCGCGCCGGCCCGCGCCGCCCACCACGCGCCUGCUGGCCGCCGCCGACCUCAGCACCGAGCACCACUUCCCCAGCAUGGACGCGCAGCUCAGGGACAUCAGCGAACGACUGCUGGAACCGGUGGAGCGCCGCAACUCUCAGCGGUUACAAGCGGACGGCGCGGGGGGAGCGGGGUCGCGCGGGCGCAGUCGCCGCGACCUGCAGACUGGAGACAUCUUUAUCACGAAGCACAGCAACCUCGCCGAGGUGCACGUCGUCUUCCAUCUCAUGGUGGACGAUUCUUCGCUCCGAUCGGGAGACAUAACGUCCCGUCACCCUGCUAUCCUGGGCCUGCGCAACAUACUGAAGGCGGCGUGCAGUAACGAUAUCACCAGCCUCGCCAUACCGCUACUACUGCGACACGAGAUGUCAGAGGAGAUGACGGCGGCAUGGUGCGUGCGGCGCGCGGAGCUGGUGCUGAAGUGCGUGAAGGGGUUCAUGCUGGAGGCGGCGGGCUGGGGCGGCGCCGACCUGCGCACGCUCACGGCGGCGCUGCCCGCCAACAUCGCGCCCGCCCUGUUCGCUCCGCUCGCCGCGCUCACGCCCAACAUAUUCCGCGUCUCCAACCCCGUCAAGUUCAAGGCGCCCAAUAAAACAGACUCCUUGUAAUUCAUUCCUUUAUUUAUUUAUUA